AUGGCGCCGGACGAUGGGGAUGCCCUGUUGAAAAAAGUACGAGCACAGCACAGAUCAGUAAGUUUUAUUACAGCAUCAGAACUAGUAAACAUCGACCUUGAAGAUGAAUCUCAUCGGAACGAAGAAAGUGAGCUCAAUGAAACGGUGAGAAAGCUGUUCUAUAACGAACUGAUGAUGUUUUCAAUUUUCAUAUAGUCCUGAAUGGGAAUCUUUUGUUUCCAGGAAAUUUUGCUCGCUGGAAUAUUGGUCAACGAAGCCAGACUUGGACGAAAUGGUUAUUUUCAGACCUCGCCAAAGGAACUAAGGUUCAGUUGUUUUUUGAAAUUCAUAUAAGAGAAUUAAUGACAGUCUUUACGGUUUACAUAUUUCACUGGCAUGUAAGUGACUGUAGCCUAAUAUGAUCUCGCAUUAAGUAGUUUUUGCAGGAGAACUGCACAUGUCAUCGGCUUGGCCGUGGGGUCGACCCCGGGCCAACCAGUGUGAUUUUAAUAAACAAAACUAGAGAAACAACCAAUGUUCUUGCAGAACCGGAGAAAUCCCCACGCUAUUGGACGUUGUGUUCCCUCAGCGCUCUGACUAAUCCAGCUAUGCCUACGGGUCAACCCUGGACAUAGCUACAGUCUUGGACAAAAUAAAUGGAAAAUUUAGACCCCCCUCUCCCAAAUCAAAGAUGGGAAAAUAGUGCGUUUUGCCCUUUGUGUGGCUUGAUUUCUGGGGGAUGGGAGUUUGCUGUUCUUUUUUAUUCUGUCCAAGACAGGUAAUCUGGACACUUUCUGGAGAGAUACAACAGUGUCAGUCUGUCAGUUACUGUAAGAAAAGUUGGACAGUUGACAAUUUAAACUUUAUUAAGUAUAAAAUAUUUCAUUCAGGGAACCUUGUUCCUUGGAAAUGCAAUUGAAAAGUGCUUUCUACUUUCUUUUCCUCCAAAAUAUGAGGAUUAAGCUUAUCAUAGUUAGCAACACUCAUUGGCAAGGAUUAGUUCUUCCUUCACCCCAUCUUCAUUCUGUAAAAAUUGUAUGAGAAUUCUAAUACAUGUAACAUUGUUGUUGUUACUCUUCACCCCCUACCUCCUAUGCCUCACCUUCACCCCUCACCGCUACCCUCACCCCCAUACCCCUUACUCUUUACUCCCUACACCCUACAACUUACCCCCUCCCCCAGUUUAGACCUGCCGAAAUCAUUGUGCUCAUUCCGAAGACCCCAUAGUGCAACUCAUUGGAUUUUGUGGAUAUGAUGCACUCAAUAAUGAUACGCGACGAUUAACAAAAGGCUGAACAGUACUUUGACCACCCACAAACUCUGCAACACCAAGAAAAAAACAGAAAAAUAGACAUGUAUCAUUUUGUUUGCAUUUCUCAACCGUUGGUCAUGCUUAUGUUUUCUUCACUGGAUUUUUUUGUAGGCUUUACAAGGUGUAUAAUAAGCCAGUUUUUCGUGGUAUUGUGUAUUUCUGUGCAUGGUUACUUCUCUGUUUAGCAUUCUUUGAAGACCCAGCUGUCCCUGGCAUGGGGUUACCAUACUGGGUAAGUCAAGAUAUUAUUAAAUCCUAAAAUAUAGUAGGAAAAAAGCAAAAUAAGGCCAGGAACUUGGUCAAUGACCUUUUUCUCUGCCUGGAUAGAGAGAUGGAAAUGAUAAUGAUGACAAUUUAACAAGGAGCUCUAUGACUGACCAAUGGCAGUCCCCUUAUUGUGGCAACUAAAACAUUAGCAAAAAUGUCAUCAAAUGAGGCCUUUAUAAUAUAUUUUACCUUACUUUUGCAUUUAAUUUAGAAACCACCCGAGAGGUUUCCAUACCCCCUAGUGGAGUAACAACCUUCUCUCUCAAACUUGUUAUAGUAACUUUGUCUCUUGUUUUGUUAUAUAUUCAGAGUAACUGCCUAUAAUCUUUAAAAUAUUAAUUCCAGUGUAUCUUUAUUAUUUAUAGGCUACAAUGCUGCUGGAAUAUUUUUGCUUGUUUGUUUUCAUUCUACGUCUUUUCCAUGUCUGGUGUUUUGCUGCUGGUGUAAAAUUCUGGAGAGACAAGAAGAAUGUUAUUUUUUUAUCCAUCAUUGUGGUAAGAUUCUUACUGACCAAAAAGAAAACUUAUUUCAGAUAGUGCAUUGAUAAAGGGAUUGUAUGUGAUCCAGGUAACAAACAUGCAAAGUAAUGUCAAAUGGUAUUUUUAAACAAAAGAAAAUUAUUAACUUAGUGGCACGGGUAGACACCAAUACAAUAGCAACCACACCAAUCAUUUGAAGUAGAUUUCUUCAUCGUUUAAAUUUUUGUAGUAAGUGUUAUGGUACUGUUAGUUAUAUGGCAUAGAGGAGCCAUUUUUCAUGAAUUUAUGCCAAUAAACCAUUUAUUGGCUUUAUUAUUAUUUAUUAUCAUUAUGUUAUAAAGAUAAAAAAAGGAUAUAAGAUGUUCUUUCUUAAUUGAUUUGGUAAUGAGCCUGGGUUGUGUGAGCUGUUAAGAAAUUUCUCUUUGCCGGUGUUAAAAAACAUAGGUGUCAAAGUGCAGUGAAUGAGUGUCGUGAAUAUUUUUUAGCUUGAGAAUUAAGAGAAAUUUCAUAUCUCCAAGUGGCCAUGUAAUUUUCUGUUUAUUAUAUAAAUACCAAUGAAAUACCAAACCAUUUCACUUAAGAUUUUUUUGAAGACUGUGAAAGUUGCCAUUUAUUAUGUAGCCUAGCAAUGGCAAUCUUUUCAUGUGUGAGAUAACAAGUUAUUUUUACGCAUGAAGAAAUCGGCUUCUUUCUGACACUUUUUUUUUCUUUCAGCUCACAUUUCUUGACAUGAUUAUGUACAUCAUCUUCAAAGAGGCUGAACUCCCAGUUCACGCCGUAAGAUGGACUCGUGUGUUUCGUCCUCUUUUUCUUGUCAAUAUCAGCGAGGGGAGACAGGUGAAGAUUGUUAUAGCCUCUUCCAGGCAUUCAGAUAAUAGGUGGUGGUGGAAAGAAAGCAAGGAAAAAUAGAGAGGGACUGGGGAGAGUGGCAAGGGAACUCUCAACCUUUCCCCCAUUUUCAUUUUUUCAUGCCCCUUCUACUUUUUGCUGCUCCUUUCCUAUAGUGUAUGUAGUACUAAUAUUAUAUAUUGAUAGAGAUUCAGGUAAGAAAAAAGAUAGGUCAUCGCUUCAAAUGGUCAGGCUUUCCAUGUUGAAAAUAUAAUAAUAUUAAAAAUAUACCUUUUUAUUUCAUAUUUUUAAAAAUAAGUACAGUCAACUCUCUCUAAGACGGACACCUUUGGAACCAGCACUAAGUGUCCAUCUUAGAGAGGUGUCCGUCUUAUAGAGUCAAAUAAAAGGAGAAAAGAAAGGCAGGGACCAACUCUAAGUGUCCGUUUUACAGAGGUGUCCAUCUUAUAAAGGUGUCCAUUAAGAGAGAGUUGACUGUACAUGACUGUCUUCUGAUGUUCUUGAUCUCUUUCAGAUUAGAAGAGCUUUUAGAAACAUUAGGAAAACACUUCCAGAGAUUGCAAAUGUUCUUAUUUUGUUACUUCUUAUGAUUGCAUUGUUUACUUUGCUGGGAUGUAAGCUGUUUGGCAAAAGGUAUUUCAAAUUGUGAGAGAUACAACUAGGCUCUAAUUGGGCAACAUUUUAGAUAAUUUUGUAAACAAAUUGUUUUACUUAGAAUGAUAGAUGUGUCCUUUCCCUCCAUUUGUAUUAUUUCUCUUAAAUGAUAAUAAUAAUAAUACUUAAAGUAAAAAGUCUUCUUUUAAGAGGAGACCUCCAUCACUUAAAGUGGUUUUCAUGGGGGUCCUAUUAAAGAAAGUGCAGAAACAAAUAACUGAAAAAUCCUCUAGGAUAUAAAGUCUAAAAACAGUGAGUAGCAUAAAAAUUUAGAACUAUGAUAAAAAUAUAAAAAAAUUAACCUGAGACAAAUCACAUAAAAACUUAUUCAAAUUCCUUUUAAAAAUCGUGUCAGACAUUGGCCUUUUUAGUUCAUUUGCAAGAGGGCCCAAUCGUUUUUCACUCCUGGGUUCUUUUAUUUUUGCCUUUGAAUUUGUUUGUUUGUGUUUUUGGUUUGUUGUAGAAAUCUUAAAGACAUCCAUGGAAAGCCAUACUUUACAAACUACUUAGAUGUCUUUUUUUUGUUGUAUGUUCUGACAACUACAGCCAACAACCCAGAUGUUAUGUAAGUUUGAAAUAUUACUUACUAGUUACUUGUAAGUAUAGGGAAAUAGGCAUGGAAAAGGCGAGGGGUGGGAAGGGUGAGGUUGGAAAGAGGGGUUGGGAUGGGAGGGGUGUGAUAUUGUAAUCCAUUUGCUUUGUUUACGUUCUGUACACGCAUCAAAAUGUUUUGCCAAAGAACGAGACCACUUUUAGUUCAAAAUCAUUCAACUAUCUCGCAAAACAGUGCAACGUGAAACCAAAAUUUAUAACGCACCUUUUUCCAUACUAAUGUAAUCAAAAGCGCAUAACAUACUGUAGUUAUACGUUUACCACCCUUUUAUUUCAACACAAAUCUUCAUAGUAAAACUUGAGCACUGGAGGGCAGCCUGAGUAGUUAGCAGUUUCUUUGGCGAGAGGGAAAAAAAAAUCCGUGAAAACACGCCAACACAUGGGGACAGGUGUCAAGGUGUUUUCUCCCCAUUCUCCUCGAGCUUUUCCGCUCAUUUGCGCACUCGGCAAUCAAAACGCCAUCUACGUAGGUGUCUACUUUCAGGUUACUGAGUAAAAUGUACUGUUCCAAACUCAUAAGCAAUGAAUUUGGAACGUGGUGUCCAGACGUUUGACAGGUGAAACAGGCCUAUAAAGUUGCUACAUUUUGAAAUGCGAAUUAUAGGAGAGAGAUCAAGUUUUCAUAAUAUUUAAGGCAAAAAAUAUCAAACCGGUCAUAAGAAAAGUCCAGUGAAAAUAACUUCGUUAUUUAUUUAUUUGAACAGGAUGCCUGCAUAUGACAACAAUCCCUGGUCCAGUUUGUUCUUUGUCAUUUUCAUCAUUGUCUGCAUGUAUAUAUUUGUCAGCAUUUUUCUGGCUGUUGUGUACAAGAACUACCGCAAGCAUUUAAAGGUAGAUUACCGUUAAGUUGUUCUAAAUAUUGUCUACUUUUCAGUUAUGGUGGAGUAUUAUUUUCUUCCCUUCCACGCGUUUACUUCUUCAAUCCCUUUUCUUUAUUCGUUUAGACUCCAGAAUGCCCAGUGCCAUUUCAGCUACGGUACUGAAAAAUAGGAAGCUUAAGCAACCAUAGACUUUCUCAAAGUCCUUCGCUUCUCAUUUCCGGUUCUGGUACUUUUUCCGCAGAAAACAUAAAAAAUCUAUCGCUCGCCUUUCGCGCUCGUGAAGAAAAAUUGAGCUCGACUUGUAGGCAUGUUUAAAGCAACCAUGAAGGCGACGGCAGCGAAAACGUCACUAUUAAGAAACCUUUGCGUUUUAUCAAAGUUUGUCGCCAUUAUUUCAGCUUUCUUAAAAUGCCAAAUGUACUACAGGUAAAUUUCGCUGAAAUUAAAUUCUUGGGGACCGAACCCAAUUUUAGAAGGAGAGAUAGUGUAGACUGGGAGCAGUCUCUCUUUUUCAGAUUAGUGAGGGAAGUGCACGCGCUCGUCCCCGUGGUCAUUUGUGUGUCGCGCGCGUGUCGCUACACGGACUAAGAAAACACAGACACUGCUCGUAGUCUAGUGGUGGUGUGUUUGCUGCCUUCUGCUCCAUAAAACGUCCCGUGAGGGAGUUUCACGUUGUAGUCAUGGAGUGACGGCAAAGAAUUGUAUUUAAUAAAGUGUGCUGCACGUGCAAAGAUAUUGUUUUUGACUUCCUCAUUGCUGUCGCCAUCGUCAUUGCUAGAGCUCCCUGUUGGCUACAUAGGCGGAUCCACGUAUUUUUGUUCGGGAGGCUCUAACUCUAACAGGCAGUGGAGAGCGGGGAAAAGGUUACAAGCGGAGCCAAAGUGCAAGAAAUGUGUAUUUCACGGCAUGGGGCACUGGUUUCAUUUGCCUACCUGCUGCGAUUUUUCCAGUUUCCCUCUGACAUGCAUGUCAGUAAUCCCCAGCAAAUUUUAUGGACGGUUUGCGUCGAGAAUGUUAAACCCCUAAGUUAUCUCGCUAGUUCCUUUGGACAUAAUUUUUGAAAUUAUACUGCAAACCAGUUGUACGUUUCUCUGCAGGGGCCGUAUGAAUGACAACAGCCCUUAGGGAUUGUGUUCCUCGUAUGCAUUACCCGAGAGAACCUCCGUGUUCGUCUGUCCAUAGGUAGACGAGAAGCCGGCGUUUUCAAAAAUUUUCCACUCUGGAGAGAAAAGAUGUGUUUUUGGUGACAGUUUUCAUCGGGUACAUGUCGACCAAACCGAAGAAAAAAUGUCCGUUUUCAAUAAAAACUGAUAUGCCCGGCGCGCGUGAGGACGGGCCUCAGUUUUUAUUGAGAAAAGAGGAAUGCUGGCUGCAUCAGUGUCCAGCAGGUCAUUGGUUCAUUUCUUCUUGGGAGAACUAGGAAUUUUUCUCAAUCGCCUGCUUCACUGACUAAAGCCGCUUUACGCUUGUUCUUAAUUUUCAAAUUCUUAUCUUUUUAGAAUGAAAUUCGGGCAUCAGUUUAUCGUAAACGCAGACAGCUCAAGCAGGCAUAUGAUAUGUUAAAAGUCUGGUGUGAUGAGAAAUGGGUGAUCACAGAGCAAAGAUGGCGAACACUCCUGCAAGAGGCUUGUCCGCAAUGGAGUCCUGCAAGAGUAGCCUUGUUAUGGCAAGUCCUUGACGACAAUAACGAUGGCAAGAUAGGUAUGUUGGAGUGGCGCUUUACCAAAAUGCCUACGUCGUUCCCAGAGCCUCACUGGAUGGGAGGAAGAGAGUCGCUGGGAACUGGUUGUCAAGGAGCGAUGUCUGUGGACUUCCUACAUGUAUUAGUGUAGAGCGGUUUCAUUCACGUGACCAGCAUCUUUGCAAAUGUUUAGGAACAAAAAAAUGUUUAGGAACAAAAAGAUGGUUUGGAAUACCAACAUGGCCGCGUGUCAUUGUUUUGGAACACCAAUAUGGCCACCAUGACGUCAUGUGAAAACGCUAUAUAUUUAUUGUAAACAGUAAAUUGAUUUAGUAUCACGCCUUGGGUAAACGUCAUAUUUUUUUUAACGUUUAUCGUUUGCGCUAACGUGUUUCUAAAUCUCUCCUUGCGCACAAAUGUGGCAAGAAGAAAGAAGUGGCGGCGAGUGAACCACUGAAUGACGUUCUUACCACAUUUUGACACCUUCUGUGAUCUGUUUUUUUUUUACAAUAUCAGAAACGAAAGAAAAAAAGAAAAAGAAAUACCUUUCAAGUUGAUGCUUGACUGUUCCCAAAUGUGUUUGAAAUUUUGGCUUUUUUCACGUCCAAAAAACACUUUUUGGUUCGGCUUUUGUUCUUUUUCUUACGUUUCAAAAAUUAUUCCUGAAUUAUCGCCAGUCCUUUGCUUACAAAUUCAAAUAUAUGAUAAAACAAUUAUUUUUCCAUUUCUCGUUUUAUAGGUAAAAAGGAUUUCCUUAUGGCGGCUGAUGUUAUGAAUGUUAAAGUCAUUGAAGUAAAAGAUCAAGUCACCCUACUGGAGAGGGUCAUUCCAAAAAUCUAUAAUUCCCGUGUUAGUGCGAAGAUUCGUGUUUGUAUUUGCCACAAGUAAGUUGAAAACGAUUGUACCGAACUGAAAUUACCUAUUACCUGGGUCUUUCAUUUCCUAUUAGUUCUAACUCUGUGUUACGGCGUUUUCAAAUGCCGGGUUAUUUGUAAACAUGUCAGUAGUCGAAGCUCCGUAAAGGUGAUGUUACACGGGACGAUUCGCAACGACGAUUUUUAGUGCAUCACAGCGUUGCAAUGUUGGAACAAUGUUGUAAAUAUUCGAAACAGUGUUGCAACAAUAUUGCAACGCUUUGUUGAGGUAAAAAUAGUCGUUGUGAAUCGUCUCUAGCCUGCGUAGCAAGCGUUUCCGUUUGGUUUCGGAGCAAAUUAAAGAAAGACCGAGGUCGAGGAACGGGAUUCUCGGCUUUGGCCGGGCGAGAAAUGAAACUAGUGCCAAAACAUUUUUUGCGCGGUCUUUGACUCUCGUUCUUCGUUCUUUGCUCCUAAACCGCACAGAAACGCUUGCACGCAGGCUAAAUCGUCUCGUGGAACAUCUCACCUUUGUUUCUCGGUCACGGUGCGCGUAAAAGGGAACUUAAGCAACCACGGGGGUGACCGCGGCAGGGAAACCUUCACUUAAAAAAAGUGCAUUCGCGCUGUUUUGAACUUCAUCGCUUUUAUUCCACCUAGUUCAUUUUGUCAAAUGUUGGCGAAUUUUUUGGACUUAAAUUUCAGUUAAUUGAGGAAAAGAAAAACAAGAUCGUUAUCUUGUGUUCACAUACUCCACAACACUGCGUGAAAUUAGAAAAUUUUUGCUCGUCGUCGUGCAACGGUAGCAGAAAAUACGCAAUUCCAACGGUUGUUACUUUGCUAAUCUAAGCCUGUUACUAUUUUGCUGUUAUCGUUGCCGUCGCCUUGGUGUAUCAUUAAAAUGGAACAGUGGCCAUGUUGGUGUACCAAGCCAAUACUGUGAGAGGUGAACCCGAGUACUCACGCCAGAAGGUACCGGUGCCGGAGCACAAGGUUGAGGUCUUGUACUUGGGAAGUAAAGUGCAGGGGCGUAGCCAGGCCAUAGACCUGUACUCUGCCGCUUGCAAUAAAUUAUGCGUUGUUGGGGUGAGCUGAAAAGCUUAAGAAAUCAAAGUGUUGGUGAGGUCAGUGCGUACUUGUCAUGCAUGCAAUUUUCAGGAUAUGUGGAAAUGAAAGUCAACCAGGCCUACAAAUAGUCGAAAAGCAGGCUACGUCCCUCGCCCUGAUGUGGGCUCUAGGGCACUGGGUACCUGUGUGCACAUGUUUGGUAUCCCAGUGCUGUGCAUACCAUACCCAUGACUCCCUGCUACGAUCAGUUUUCAAUGUGGCGUCUGUCAGGGCGAAAUGGAGAGGAUAUGUUCACAGUUACAUAUCGUGUUUCUGACGUGUGGACACAACACUGUUUUGCGCUGGUACUAAGCUGCUAUUGCUAGUGAAUCAAGUGUGAACAGCCUCUUUAAUCUUCUCAACCUCUUCCUUAAAGCGCGGUUGCAUGAACACCCAUGCCUUAUUGGUACAUACCUCUGAACUGUUCCCGCAAAUUUAAGGUGUUGGAUAACAAGACUGGUAGAUUAUGCAAAAAUUAAAUAAGGUAAUGAAUUAAAUAAGGUACUUAUUAAAUAAGGUGCUGAACAUCAACGUGAUCAGUGCGUUAUCUGAUUAAAAUGUUGACAGGUAUACAAUGUAGAUGUUGAUGUGGUUUUUCAUUUCUUUCUUUUUGCUCAGGUAUUUUGUGUAUUUUUUUGACUUAGUAAUCUUUGCCAAUGCCAUUUUCAUCGCGCUGGAGCGAAACGAUGCGGAGGUUCUGUUCCUGGUUCUAUUCAAUAUAGAAAUAUUACUUAAGCUGUAUACUUAUGGCUUCAAGGAAUUCUUCUCUCGAUACUGGAACAUGUUAGUAUUCACUCACUUUUAAUCUGUUAUUUCAACUGAAUCUCCUGUGCUCAAAGUUACUAGUUUGUACUUUGUUUUUUCAGACUUCUCUUAGUCUCCUGGCCAGCAAAAUACACUUUAUCAUUUCCUUUAAUGGUCAAUUCUCGGUUUUCACUGUCACGCAAUCAAAAAUAAAAUUGCAAACCAUUCAAUACAGAAAGUCCCGAAUCUAGGAAAUAAAAGAAGAUAAAUAAGCAAAAGGCCUCGCCAAGAAUCAGGUCUGUGCGAUAUUUCAUAUGCGAGAUAUUAGGAAAAACGUUUUACCCAAAUUUACAAAGCUUUGUAUGGCGACGCCAUGUUUGUGUCCCUUUGCGGGGCACAAAUAUGGCCGCCGGAAACCAACAGAAACAUCUGUUUUUGAUUUUUCCUACUAAUGCGUUAAUUCAUCGCUUGAAAAACUCAUAAACUAUUAAAGUGAUAUUUAUUCUGAGACAAAGAAUGUUUAGACAGCAAAAUCUCCCAAAAUUGGUAAUGUUUUUAACCCACAUAAGAGCCGUUGUGGCCGCCAGCUAAAUGCCGCGUCACGCAAAAGCCUAGAAAUUCAAACGUCCUCUAUCGCAAAACGAAGAACCCUUUCGAACCAAAACUCUGUUUAAAUAAAGGUGUUUAGGUGCUGUAAUACCUCAUGAAACUCAGAAACUCAGAAGAAUCGAUAGUUUCUUAGUUUGAAUUUUGGUGACGUCAUGUGAAAACCGAGAAUAGAAAUUUUUAGAGUAGCGCUUUACGGCACUGGAACUGGGCAAAUGUGAAUUUAUACCACGUGACCAAGUUUUCCCUUACAUGUAACUUGUUCUUCUUGUGCUUUCCUGUUCAUUACUUCUACCCCCAAAUUAGUACCUUCACGUUAGUUUUGUCUUUAACAGUUGUUUUGGAUUGUUGUUAGUUGCACGUUUUCUCUUGAGAAAUUCUCAACUUGAAUCUAACGUUUGCUGCCUGCCGUAAACGUCACUCUAGAGUGACAAACACUUGAAAUAUAGUUAGCGAUUUUAUCUCCAUUUUGUUAAGUUAUUUAACGACUGUUCUAUAUUUUGUUCUUUCAGAUUUGAUUUUUUAGUCAUAGGCAGUGCAACAUUAGCCCUCAUUAUUGAAACUUCUUAUGAAUCGUGUAGGUGGAAUUCAUGUAACAGUGAUAUACUUAUAAUCAUUUAACACGAUAACUCAUUCAACUCCGUUUCAACUUACGACCUUUUGCAGCCUGUUUCACUGGCCACUUUUUCUUGCAACUUGACCCAAAGUUUUGUAUAUUAAGACUAAAAGGGAGAAAGACAGAAAAAACAGAAAGAAGUAAAGAAAGUUUGAUCCUCAAUCUCAAUAUAACCAUAUCUUUGACUGUCUAUUAGUUUUACGCCACUCUAGUAUAAGACGGUCACUUGUACCAUUUCCAACUGUGUCCCUCUUAGAGAGCGUUGACUGUAUAUAUUUGUUAUUUCUCUUUUAAUAGUGCAGUCGAGUCAAGGCGUGUUGGAUUUUCUCAUGGUCCUUCGAGUUCUUAGAUUGGUCAAGAUCAUGGGUCAAAUCAAACGGUUCGUCGGAUUUCUUUUUAAAAAUUUUCAGCUGUUACAUGUAAUAAAUAUCUGACGCGUCUCAGCGAAGUCAAAUCCAACUUUUCACUUUUCAGUUCUUUUUAUCCAUACAUGACAUGAACCGUUUUGUUUUCGGAGGAUACAUUUUUCGUUAUGCUACUCAACGUUUUUGAGGCCACCAGGUCUAAGUAAUCAGUGUUCUUUGUUAAAAAGGAAUUUCUGGUAAUUUUUUCAAAAGUCCUAACUGAAAAUUUAUUUUUAUAAUGUUCAGACUUAGGAGGAGAGCUUGCCGCACAAACUUUUCUUUCUUUUUUCCCAAAAAAAAAUUAGCCGUCUGUUAAAUUUGUUCUUUUUCGUUUAUUUUAUGAACAAACAUAAUACGUUCACUCACAGUAGACACACGGCAACUGUGUCAGUGUGAUGUUUACAGAAGACUAAGGAUUCAACAGACAAGCAAUUUAUAUGGCAAAUGACCGCCUAAGUUCCAUAAGGCUGUACAAUUACGUAUUGUAGUUAUAUAUACUGGAGAAGUUCUUUUAAAGACUCUUCCUUAAGGUUUCAUUGAGUUUCAAGACACUCGAAAAUAAGGAAGGCACGCUGGGGCCUGUUGCUUUCAGUUUUCCAUGUUUGGUAGCCCGGUAAAACGCUCCCAUUUGUUUUUGAAAUAUAAUCGAGCCUAGCCUGCAAACAUGUCCACAUAGUCCUCUGAAUGAUGAAUUUGUGAAGUUAGGGACAAUGCUAUUGUCCUGUUUUAUUUUUUUAGUAUUUUUUCAAACAAUAGGUGUAUUUUUUACUUAACUAAUAAUAAUGAUCCGCUUGAUACGGACACUUUCUAUGGCCCCCUUCAAGGACCGUAUAAAAAGCGUUUAACUGUAUUACUUCUUCGUUUUUUCAUGUCACUUUUUGGCCAGAUUUCAGGUCGUUGUUGGAACCGUCAUGCAGAUUGGCCCGGCAAUGGGCACGUAUGGUGCAAUUAUGUUCGUAAGUCUAAUAUCUGUGUUAUUAAAUAAAAUGCUUGUAAAUUUUCUUUAAAAUUGAAACUUGGGUUGCUCGUCACUUCUUAAAAUAUACUGCUUAAUGACGUCCUUUGGCCCUUUCGAAUUUUCCAAUAAAACAUACGUUAAACUACUACGAAGAAAGAAGGUUUUAGGUCAUUCUCGUUUUACCUUUACCCGGUUCAAGUGCGCACCUUUUCACUCAUAUUCUUUGUUUGCUUCCACGUGGCAUGGGAGCGAUGACAGGUCCAAAAAAUAUAAUUUCUCGCCGCAGAAUUUGCAUGAAAACAUGACCAACAUGGCCGCCGUGAGGUCAGAAAAGAGGAGGAAACUGGUUCAAGUAAAGACUUCUGGGAACGCUAUCGGAGACUGACGCACUGGUCAGCUAUUGGCCUGCAUAGCAAGCGUUUCCGUUUGGUUUCGGAACAAAGAAAGCCCGAGGAACGGGAUUUUCGGUUUUGGCGGCACAAGAAAGGGAACGAGAGCCAAAAAAUGAAACUGAGGGAAGAGGGGGAUGGUUAGGGUUACUUGCGCUAUUUCUCGUGUGGUGUUUGACUCUCGUUCCUCGUUUUUUGCUCCGAAUCCGCACGAAACGAGAGCCAAAAAAUGAAACUUAGCGGGGAGGGGGAUGGUUAGGGUUACUUGCGCUAUUUUCGCGUGGUGUUUGGCUCUCGUUCCUCGUUCUUUGCUCCGAAACCGCACGAAACGAGAGCCAAAAAAUGAAACUUAGCGGGGAGGGGGAUGGUUAGGGUUACUUGCGCUAUUUUCGCGUGGUGUUUGACUCUCGUUCCUCGUUCUUUGCUCCGAAACCGCACGAAACGAGAGCCAAAAAAUGAAACUUAGCGGGGAGGGGGAUGGUUAGGGUUACUUGCGCUAUUUUCGCGUGGUGUUUGACUCUCGUUCCUCGUUCUUUGCUCCGAAUCCGCACGAAACGAGAGCCAAAAAAUGAAACUUAGCGGGGAGGGGGAUGGUUAGGGUUACUUGCGCUAUUUUCGCGUGGUGUUUGACUCUCGUUCCUCGUUCUUUGCUCCGAAACCGCACGAAACGAGAGCCAAAAAAUGAAACUUAGCGGGGAGGGGGAUGGUUAGGGUUACUUGCGCUAUUUUUCGCGCGGUAUUUGACUCUCGUUCCUCGUUCUUUGCUCCGAAACCGCACGAAACGAGAGCCAAAAAAUGAAACUUAGCGGGGAGGGGGAUGGUUAGGGUUACUUGCGCUAUUUUUCGCGCGGUAUUUGACUCUCGUUCCUCGUUCUUUGCUCCGAAACCGCACGGAAACGCUUGCUACGCAGGCUAUCCCAGAAGUCUUUACUCUCAUCCACACGCAAAUUUACUUCAUUUUCUAGCCUGCAUAACAGGCGCUUGGAAGUAGUGGGCGCAAAAAAGAACGGGCGCGUGAGAGGGAGACACGCGAGGGGAGAGGCGUGUCUCCCUCUCGCGCGCCCGUUCUUUCUUUCGCUCACUACUUCCAAGCGCCUGCUACGCAGGCUAUUCAUUUUCAUGUUAGUGGUCGGCACCAGGCCUAGGGUUGAACCUAGCGAAAUGUUUGGACCCCUUAUUAAAAAUUCUGGACCCACUCCGUUCUAAAAUGUAUUUCGUUUAUAUUAUUUGUAGGUCUUGUACUACAUGUAUGCCAUUCUGGGAAUGGAGUUAUUCGGUGGUUUGAUCAAAUCGGAAAGCAGUUACCCUUCAUCUGAUAGCAACGGAACGAGUGAAGAAAAUGUCACUGAGUUCUGUGGCAAUAUCAAGCUAAAUGGUUCUGACUUUUAUGCGGAUCGCUAUUGUAAUAACAAUUUUAAUGACAUUCUGAGAUCGUUCAAGGUUCUGUUUGAUUUGAUGGUUGUAAAUCAAUGGCACAGUAUCCUUUGAAUCAAUUUACUUUUGUUUAUUUAAGAUUAAACUUGAAUUUAUAGUUUGUUUCGUUAUUGAAUAGCGCGGCUCCAGGUACGUCGUCGCUGCUUAAGCUCUCUAUUUAGGGAAUUCUGCGACGGAAAUAUUUAGAAAAAUUUUACGAAAUAUUUAGAGUUUUUUGAAAAUGUUCGGAACUAGUUAUUAAGAGAGCACACGUACACCCGUUACCAAGCGCGGUAAACAUAUGUAAAGCGCGGGAAAAUUUCUCUAUGGUACCAAAUUUCAUUUGGCCUCUGUAUAGCCUUGUUUGUUUUCUUUAAUUCCUCUGUCACUUUACCAUUUUAAUUAUAUCUUUAACAUGCUUCCAGUUAUAACUCAAGGUUAUGUUCAUGUUACAAACAAGUUUGCGAGGAUUUAUUUCCUGUCAUUUCAUCUUUUCUGUGUUAUCGUGGUUCUCAAGUGAGUACUUUUUUUAGAUAUAGCCGUCGCUUGUCAGCGUUGUAUUAUAAGCCGUCAAUUUUCGUCAAUUACUUGAUAUCAACAGUUUUUGUUUAAACAGAAACGACAUAAAAACCCUUUUUUGAGGUGCAACAGUUUGCGUACGCUGUUGAGCCUGCCUCCAUUUACAGUUAAACCUGUAUUAUGCGGUCACCCAAGCGUGGGAAUGGCUAACUGACCGUUGAUGCAGGUUGAUGGUUAUUAUACAGGCUUAACAACCCUAGGAGCUUUAAUAAAAAAAAAUGAAGAUAAUAAAGCGAAAUAUCCAUCACACGACAAAAUUUAAAGUGACUUCAUAGUGUUUCUACUUCUUAUGGCGUUAAAAGAAAAGUAAGAGUAAGAGACGACUAAACCCCCCCUGCAAACGGACGCAACAUUGUUGGCCAACAACUCCCAGCAUUGUUGGAUUUUACAUGUUGCGUCCGUCUGCACACCCUGUUGCUUGUUGCUGCGUGUUGUUGGGAGUUGUUGCAUCCGUUUGCACACCACUACCAACACGGACACAACAACUCCCAACAUUCUCCUCCCACCAAUGUUGGGAGUUGUUGCACCCGUUCGCACACCACUACCAACACGGGCACAACAACUCCCAACAUUCUCCGCCCACCAAUGUUGGGAGUUGUUGCAUCCGUUUGCACACCACUACCAACACGGGCACAACAACUCCCAACAUUGUUGGCCCACCACUCGUUGGCACCUCGGAAAAAGUGACCACAACCGCUUAAUAGAGGUGACCACUUGAUACAGGUCAGUUUAAAAGUAAUCAAGGGAAACUAUUAUGACUGUAAUUAGUUAAAAAAAACUAUUUUUCUUUGAUUUUCAGUAUAUUUGUGGCGUUCAUCUUAGAAGCGUUUAUGUUGGAAUAUUCAUUCACGCACGGCAAAAUAGAAACUGUGUUCAACAAAAAGAUACAAGAAAAAGGCAUAGGCGUGGGGAUGUAAGUAUUCUUUGUAACUAUUAUGUUUCACCACCCGCCACCAUACCAACGUCUGUAAAAUCCAGCGACUUUCGGGAGCUAUAUCUUCGUUCGUUUUCAAACUGAACCACUUUCAAAACUUGGCGACUUUGCUGAUUUAAAGGUGAUGUUACAGGAGACAAUUCGCAACAACAAUUUUUAGCGCAACACAGCGUUGCCACAUUAUCGCGACAUUGUUUCGAAUGGUUACAACAUUGCUGCAGCAUUGCAACCCUGUGGGGCGCUAAAAAUCGUCUUUGCGAAUCGUCCCGGGUAACAACGCCUUUAAGGGCGUUCUUUCCAGGCGUGUUGACGGAUUUUCGCUAACUGGUCCCAGUAAAAAGGUGAAAAAAUAGACUGCGAGCAGUCUCUUAUUUUUCUUUGCAAAGUUACUGCACGCGAAACCCCAAGACAUCGUGGUUUGCAAUCGCGCUGGAUGAGAUAAGAGCUGGACGGAUUUUAAAAGAAAAGGAGGACUGCAAGCAGUCUAGUGAAAAAACUGUGAAGGGAUCUAUUGAAGAUGCGUUUGCCCCUGGUUCUGUAAAAACUGAUUGAGCACGAUUUAAUCACCGGUUCUAGGUGCCCAGUGAAAGAUAGAGCGGCGUCGAUUCUUUCUCUCGACGACACCGAUGAGGUGAUAAAAGAUCAGGGAAGCAAUGGUUUUAGGUCAGUAGAACACCUCGCACUGGACACCGGUUUAAGAUUCAAAAUGCCGAGCCAGCAGAAGAAAAAUGCCGACCUUCUUCUACAGGAGAUGUUUGAGGAUGAGCUGGAGGAAGAUGAUAUCGGACCAAAAGAUGUGGAAGAUUUAGAUGAGCUUGAUGAAUCGGAAGAUAUUAUAGAGGCACAGUCCAAGAGGAGACUGACCUUUCACACAGUUGACGCAGAGUAA